UUUAAAUGUGGUGUGAGCGUGAACACAGUUUGUCAGUGUGACUUUGUUCAUCAUGAAGCUCGUUCUGCUGCUCGCUCUGCUCGCAGUCGGUGAAAGUGACGGCAGCUCAGUUGUUGGUCAAACAGGUCAGAGCGUCACUCUGUCCUGUAAAUAUGACAUCACCUAUUAUGAAGCGCUGCAUGUCUGCUGGGGUCGAGGUGAAUUACCACUCUCAGGCUGCAGCAACCCGCUCGUCUCCACAGACGGACAUAAAGUGAGAACCAGAGCUUCCAGCAGGUAUCAGUUACUGGGACGACUGGAGGCAGGUGAUGUUUCUCUGACCAUACUGGACCUCACAGAGACGGAUGCUGGACGGUACGGGUGCAGGGUGGAGAUACCUGGAUGGUUCAAUGAUGACAAACAUCACCUGGAUCUGAUCGUCGAGAGAGGUGAGACACUCUUUAAAGGACAUAAAAGAUUUUUAAAGUUUGUGCAGCUUGAAAAAGGAAACUUGACAGACGGCAUGUUGAAGCUUCAGAGAUCCAUGAACUCUGAUUUAAAUAGUGUUCAACAGGUGGAGUUCAUCACAGCUAAGAGUGCUGUUGGAGAGGUCUAUUUUGAAUUUGAAUCUUGCCUCCAUCAGGAAUCAGGAUCUACAUAA